AUGCCCUACACACCCCACAACCCGCUGCCAAAUCUGCACCACCCCUCGCCAACGCUGCCCUCUCUCUCUCUCUCUCUCUCUCUCUCUCUCUCUCUCUCUCUCUCUCUCUCUCUCUCUCUCUCUCUCGGCUCUCUCUCUCUCAAGCUCUUCUCUCUCUCUCUCACGCAAGCUCUCUCUCUCUUUUUAAGCUCUCUCGCCAUCAACUUUUUCGCAAAAGGACCAGCGACCAUGGCCAGCGGCGUGAAGCACACGACUGUGUUUGUGGGCAACCUGACCCGCGUUCUUUCGGACGAUAACGUGCGCGAAUUGCUCAAAUACAUUGGCAACGUCCUCCAAUGGGAUCGAAAGAAGAAUUUGGAGGGCAAACUGGCCUCCUUUGGCUUUUGCACCUAUUCCAACCCAGAUGAGACCUUGCGAGCCAUGCGACUGCUCAAUGGAGUGCAAUUUGGUGGUCGUGAGCUCAAAAUCCAAGUGGACGAGAGCACCAAAGCAUUUCUCGCCGAUUACACAGAGCAAAAGAAGCACAUGAGCCGGACGGAAGUAGACGAGAACGGUCUGGAUGCUCAGGCGCGCAACGACGACGAGAGCCGUAGCCAACGCUUGGCAUCCUUUAUCAGCCACCUGCACGGCAUCCACCAAGCUGCCAUCGAGUCUGAAAAGUUUGCAGCGGAAGCGGAGACUGAUGCUGCCCAGAAAGAAAGUCACGCUGCCUCCGUGAUGAACACGUUGCGCCGUCGCAAUGGCAAUCGUGACUUCUCCCGCCGUGAUGAGGGCCUGGAUGAUCAGAACGAUGACAUUCAAAGCGAGGUCGCUCGCUUCCGGUCGGCCAUCCAAGAGGAUCAGCGCAAAGCACGGGAGGUUGAGGAACGCGUGUAUGCCGUGCGCGGCGUCAGCACUCGAGACGAGGAGGAGGAAGACAUUGAUGACGAGCCUAAGAAUCCGAUGCAGCGUGCCAUUCGCGCAGCUCGAGAAGGACGCCAACGGCGCUUGGACAGCGAGAUUCGGCGACGCCGUGACUUGUUUCGCCAGCGUGAGCGCAAGGUGCUGAUGCGUGAAAAGGAUGUGCACCGCCGAGUGGCCGAUGAUUUCGAUAGCCUUGAGGGCCGCGCAGCACGGCGCCAAAAGGAAGCGGAAAAGCAAAAAGACUUUGAGCGCACAUACUAUGAUGAGAAGGAAGAUGAUCACUUUUACAGCAACCGCAAGUUUGAUCGCCUCUUGCGCGACUACGCCCGCGAACGCCUCGAUGAUGACCGGGAUCGUGCGCGCGAAAAGGAGGAAAUGGCGCGUCGUGAAGCUAGCGAGUCAGCCACGGGUACCGAACUGAGCGAUGCGGACCGCCAGAGUGCCACCGCGGCUGCUGCCGACACCGCUGCCCACCUAGCCAAAAACGGCACCUCAAGUACCGCAGCACCAAAGGGUGGCUUUUCAAUGAGCUUGGAGCUGACUUCUAAGCGGGCAGCGGCAGUCGGUGACUUUGCUUCUCAGGUCUUUGACCCCACAGAGGAAGAUGACGAUGCCGAGCUGGCACGCAAGCGAAGCAAGAUUGUGCCACUCAAGUACACGGAUGAGCAGCUGCGGGCUGCAGGUUUGGACAUCAAGGAAGAACGAGCCCGUCGACAAAAGCAGAUUCUUGAAAUCAUUCCCAAGAGCAAGGAAUCCCUCUUGGAUUUUGCCGUAAGCUGGGACUACCUCAACGAUGCCAUUUUGGACCAGCGUAUUAAGCCCUGGAUCGCGCGACGCAUUACGGAGUAUCUGGGCGAAGAGGAGGAGUCGUUGGUGGACUUUGUCUGUGACAAAGUUCGCAACAAGGAGGCAGCAACGAGCAUCUUGCAAGAAAUUAAGGAAAUUUUGGAUGAGGAUGCGGAAAUGUUCAUUGUCAAGCUGUGGCGAUUGCUCAUCUUUGAGACAGAGGCGCGCAAGUUUGGUGUCAGCGAGCUCUGAUGAUGGACCUUGAGUGCGAUCACACCCAGCUGAUCAUGCUGGACCAAUUUGGGCUCUGCCCUUCAUAAUUGACCAUCAAUUAGAGU